AUUUUCUCGAUGGGCUUUCGUCUCCCUCCUCGUCAAAGCUCACCUGAAAAUGUUUCCUGGCAUGGGACUUUCAAUUCAGACUCUGCCCUCUCUUCUCUCUCUCUCUCUCACACUUUCGCUCGCUCUCACGGCAAUCUGAGCUGUGACGCAGCUCUUCCCGCCCCUUUGCAGCUGCUGCGUCAUCUCCGCCAGACGGAUUGACGAGGCUGUGAAAUUCUCUUAACGUGCCACGAAAUGGCGGAUAAGCAGCUGAUUGUGGCUGUUGAAGGCACGGCUGCCGUGGGCCCCUACUGGCAGACCAUUGUUUCAGAUUACCUUGAAAAGAUUAUCAGAUCUUUUUGCGCGAAUGAUGGGAAGAAACCCCCUACGGUCAACUACGAGCUCUCCUUAGUUAUGUUUACUACUCAUGGAUCUUACUGUGAUUCCUUAGUACAACGAACUGGCUGGACAAAAGACGUCGAUAUCUUCUUGCAGUGGCUUUUGGCGAUGCCAUUCAGUGGCGGUGGUUUCAAUGAUGCUGCUAUUGCUGAGGGUCUUGCAGAAGCUUUGAUGAUGUUCCGUAUUGUCCCAAAUGGAAGCCAGACACAGCAAACUUUGGAUGGGAAAGGGCAUUGCAUUCUUGUUGCUGCUAGUAAUCCUUAUCCUUUACCAACACCAAUUUAUCGACCAAAAGUGCAAAAAUUGGAAAAUGACAAUACUGAAGCCCAAGCAGAAAGUUGUCUAUCUGAUGCUGAGACAGUUGCUAAAUUUUUUCCCCAGGGCUUUGUUUCUUUAUCAGUUAUUUGUCCAAAGCAGCUUUCAAAACUUAGGGCAAUCUACAAUGCUGGAAAGCGCAAUCCCCAAGCACCAGAUCCUCCAGUAGAUAACACCAAAAAUCCUCAGUUUCUUGUUAUGAUAUCAGAGAACUUUAUGGAGGCUCGUGCAGCUUUAAGCCGUGCUGGAAUUUCAGCUUUAUCUUCAAAUCAGGGUCCUAUGAAAGUGGACAUGGCUCCGAUCACUUCAGUGACUGCGCAGCCUCCAGCAUCAAUUCGAUCAGCAGCAAAUGGAUCUAUGCUGAACCGGCAACCUGUUUCUGUUGGAAAUGGUCCUACAGCUACAGUGAAAGUGGAGCCCGCAACUGUGACUUCUAUGGUAGCAACUGCACCUAGUUUUCCUCAAAUUCCUCGCCCUGCUUCUCAAGGAGGUGCACCAACCUUGCAAACUUCAUCACCCCCUUCUGUUGUUUCUCAAGACACAACUGCCAGUGGUGAUGGCAUACAAGAUCUGAAGCCAGCUGUAAGUGGAGGAAUGUCACAGCAACCGCUUAGGCCUGGGGGUCCUGCUAACUCAAACAUUCUGAACAACCUUUCUCAAGUACGGCAAGUUGUGAACUCUGCAACCCUAAGUGUUGGGACCUCAAUUGGCCUACCAACAAUGAACCAAACUCCCAUGGCCAUGCACAUGUCAAACAUGAUAUCAUCUAGCGUGAUCCAAUCUUCUGUCCCUCCAGCUGCAACUGCUCAGAAUGUGUAUUCAUCUCAAGGCAUUCCAUCAUCUAUAAGUGGUUCAUUCUCCACUACCCCUUCUAACAUCUCUGCCAAUUCAAGCAUUGGAGUGCCCCAACAACCUACGGCAAAUCUUCAAGGCAUGGGUCAAGCUGUGCAGGGUAUCGGCCAGGGGAACCUGACUGGAGGAUCUCAGAUUGUUCCUAGUGGAAUGGGGAUGAAUCAGAAUAUUAUGAAUCAAGGCCUUGGUGCAGCGAAUGCCUCUUCUGGGACUGGGGCUGGAACUGGGACCGGGACCGGGACUAUGAUCCCUACUCCUGGAAUGGGUCCGCCAGGGAUGCAGUCACUUGGUGCAGGGAACAAUCCUAAUCCUGGAUCUAAUAUGCAAUUGUCCCAGCCGUCAUCUAGUGCUUUGCAAACAGCACAGUCUAAAUAUGUCAAAGUCUGGGAGGGAAAUUUAUCUGGGCAGAGACAAGGGCAGCCAGUCUUUAUCACCAGACUAGAAGGUUACAGAAGUGCAUCGGCAUCAGAGACGCUUGCAGAUAACUGGCCUCAAACUAUGCAAAUAGUUCGUUUGAUAUCUCAGGACCACAUGAACAACAAGCAAUACGUAGGGAAGGCUGAUUUCCUUGUUUUUCGGGCCAUGAACCAGCAUGGUUUUCUUGGACAGCUGCAAGAGAAGAAGCUUUGUGCAGUUAUCCAGUUACCCUCUCAGACUUUGCUCCUCUCUGUUUCAGACAAAGCUUGCCGCUUGAUCGGGAUGCUUUUUCCUGGGGAUAUGGUUGUGUUUAAGCCACAGAUACCCAGUCAGCAGCAGCAACAGUUGCAGCAGCAGCAGCAGAUGCUAGCGCAGCAACACCCGCAGCUGCAGCAGCAGCAGCAGCUUCCGCAGCUCCAACAGCAGCAGCAGCUUCCGCAGCUCCAACAGCAGCAGCAGCUUCCGCAGCUCCAACAGCAGCAGAUCCCUCAGCUCCAGCAGCAGCAGCAGAUCCCUCAGCUCCAGCAGCAGCAGCAGAUCUCUCAACUCCAGCAGCAGCAGCAUCAACAACAGCAGCAGCAGCAUCAACAACAGCAGCAGCAGCAGCAGCAGCAGCAGCAGCAGCAGCAUCAGCAGCAGCAACUGCAACAGCAGCAGCAGCAGCAGCAGCAGCAGCAACAGCAGCAGCUUUCCCAAAUUCAGCAGCAGCUGCAGCAGCAACAGCUCCCACAACAGCAGCAGGUUCAGCAGCUCCCACAACAGCAACAGCUUCAGCAACUUCAGCAGCAACGCCCCCAGCAGCAGCAGCAACAACAGCUUGUUGGAACAGGAAUGGGGCAAGGGUAUGUUCAAGGUCCGGGACGGUCUCAGCUAGUUUCUCAGGGACAAAUUUCGUCUCAAGGGCCCCCCACAAUGCCUGGAGGUGGAUUCUUAGGUUAAUAGGAAAUUGCAAUUAUAUGAUUAUAGCGGUCUCAGAAGAUACGGCUCUGUCGAAGAAUAAAUUUGUUAAUAAAUGAAAUCAUGAUUUUUGCCACAAGCUGGGUAAAUAAUUCUCCAGUAAUUUCAGAAUAUAGAUUGUGCAUUAUGCAUAACUUAGUCA